AUGUCCCCCCUAAACUACAACCCCACCAACCUCAAAAACAAAACCAUCCUAAUCACAGGCGGCGCCUCCGGCUUCGGCGCCGCCUUUUCCACGCGGUGGGCCUCCGCCGGCGCGCAGAUAAUCAUCGGCGACAUCAACCCAUCCGGCGCGGAAAUCGUCGCCCAAAUCCGCACCGAAACCUCCAACCCCAACAUCCACUUCAUCCACCUAGACGUGACAUCCUGGACCUCGCAAGUGAAUUUCUUCCGCCAAGCAGUGCAACUCAGCCCGCACGGGGGAAUCGACGCCGUGGUCGCCAACGCCGGCAUCAACAACGCAGCCGAGUCCCGAUUCUUCGAAUCCCCUACUAUCGAUUACCUGAGCGAUCCGAACCCCCCGCCUCCAAGCCUCAAGACAGUCGACGUCAAUCUCACAGGCGUGCUAUACACAACGCACUUAGCUCAAUGGUUUCUUCCGCGGAAUCCGGGGUCGAGUAAUCUCUCCAAUGAAUCAACUGAAACAGAUGAGAGUGGACGAGACCGCCAUCUCCUUCUCAUGGGCUCGAUCGCGAGUCUCCAUGCCCUCGCUUCGCAAGUCCCCUAUACUAUCACUAAACAUGCCGUGUUGGGUCUGUUCCGGUGUUUGCGUAUCAUGGCGCCCGAGACGACAGGUAUCAGAGUCAAUAUUGUUUGUCCGUAUUAUACGGAUAUCGGGUUGAUGAGUGGUCCUGCUCGUGCGAUCUUGGCUGGGGUUCCGAUUGGGAAACCUGAGGAUGUGGUUGAGGCGGCGACUUAUCUUAUGGCGAAUCAGAAGUGUAGUGGACGGUCGUUGGCUACGGGGCCGAAGUUGAAGUUGGAUCUUCCCGAGGGGGGGUAUCUGAAGAGGGGGGAGGUUGGAAAGUAUACGGUGGAAGAAGGGGGGGAUAAGGAGGAACAGGGGGUUUGGGAGUUAGAGUUGCAUGAUGCGGAGACGACGGAUGUGUUUACGGAUCGGAUGUUGAAGAUGGUGAAGACGGUGGUUGCAGCGAAGGGGUGGAUUGGUUGGGGGAAGGGCAUGGUGGAGGCGUUGCUUUGGCCGGUGACCAAGUAUUGGACGAAAUAG